AUGAGAGCAUGUGAUAUCUGCCGCAAGAAAAAACAGAGAUGCGUCACCCUACAUGGGUCCUCUAGCUGUCUGACCUGCCAAGCUGCCGGCUUGUCAUCCUGCACCUUCUUGCAGCCUCCCCCGCCUAAACGACGAGCUACUGCAGCGAAUACUAAAGAAUUCGCCCCCAGAAAUGCACGCGGGAGAGGGCCCUCUGAGGAGCUGCUGUCGAACUCGCCUUCUCAAUUGAUACUAGACCCAGAUCUGGACUACCCCAGAGAAUCCAUCUUGACCAAGACGUUGGGUCUCGAAAAAAGCCGCUUCUCAGAGCUCCUUGGACCCGGCGGUGAACAUGACUGUCAGUUGCUGCAGUCUUUCCAUGGUAGUGACCCAGUGUCGUCGCGAGAUGGCGACAAUACGGCAAUAUCCGGCGGCUUAGUAGGCGCCACGACGACGCGAAAGGUGCAUGACAAUGUCUUCUUCCAGAUGACUCCCGAUGUUGAGGUCUCCCAAAACCUGCGCAAAGAAGACAGCUGGGACGAAGUCUACGUUGAAGAUGUGGAGUCCCUUGUAAAUCCACAUGGCCCCAUGUUGAUCAGUCUAUAUUUUCGCAUUGUGCACCCGUCGUUUCCCAUUCUGCACAAAAACGUCUUUCUAGAAAAAUAUAAUCGAACAUAUAGGGAGAUCAGCGCACAUCUCCUAGCUGCUGUUUAUGCGCUGGCUGUUUGUUGGUGGUCAUACGAUCCGGAUCUUUUGCUGCACGAAAAGAUCAAUGAAGCCGCCUUGGUACGCAUUGCACACCACGCUGUGCAGGAUGCCAUGCAUAGGCCUCGCCUUAAUACUAUACAGGCAGGUUUGUUACUAUUGCAACGCCAUCGUAGCCCACUAUUUACCGAUAAUUCGUGGAUGUGGUCUUUUACUUCGUCGCUACUGGGGCUCGGCCAGCAUCUCGGACUCCAUUUAGAUUGCUCAGCCUGGGAUAUCCCAGAGUGGGAGAAAGGUCUCCGGAAGCGACUCGCUUGGGCGCUAUUCAUUCAAGAUUCAUUCUCAGCAUUGGUUCUAGGCCGGCCUUGUACCAUUUCGGAAGCAUCUGAUUGGAUUGUGCAGCCACUGCAAACAACCGACUUCUCUGAAGGUGCUGAUGAUGAGGAAUAUAGCGAACAUAUUGGAAGUGUCAGCAUUGAAAAUGGAAGGACUUUAUUCAUUGAGCUUGUGAAUUUGAGUCGUAUUACAGCUUGCAUGCUCCGCAAGCUCUAUUCUGUGAGGUCAUUAGCGGAAGUAGUUCAGCCGCAGGAAGUGCUUGCCAUUACUAAGUCACUGGGGACAGAUCUUGCCCAAAUGCUCAGAGGCCUCCCUGAAGAGUUGGGCUUGGAAAAUAUACAAUCUGGGAAGCUAUGUGUCAACGGGUUCUUCCAUCUCGCACUGCAUGCUACUACUGCAGCACUACAUCGACGGUUGCUGUGGUCUAUGCAACAGUCAAGUGCUGAACUAGACCCCCAAUUUGUUCAAUUCAUUCGUAGGAUGCUUCGAACACGAGCACGUAGCCUAGUUCAAUUUCUUUCUCAUCUACGCCCAGAACACAUGGAAGCUUUCUGGUUUUUUGCUGCUGGUGGAUGUGCGACCAUCCUCGGUGGGUUUCUCGGCCUUCUUCGGACAACCAGUGUCACGAUAGAGGAAUCAGAGGAGCUUCAAAGCUUGAUGAAAGAAUUCGAGUGGCAACUUCGAAUGAAAGCAAAAAUGAGUGACUGGGUAUCUUAUACACUUACCAGGCUUCGAGCACUGGGAUGGGAUGGUUGGAAAAAUUCCAAGAUCUCCGUUCCGGAAUAUGAUCGCAGAAAGUCCGACAGUGUUAAUGACCAAACGAAUAAUUCUCUUCCCAUUGAGACAGAUGAAACCAUAAACUUCUCACCGUUUAACCAGCAAAUUUUCACUACUGCUGUUGAUCUUGACAGUAUGAUGUGGACAUUUCCAGAUUUGAGUACCCCAGGUGCUGAAUUUCCUGCAAUUGAUAGACUAACUGAGUAA